AUGCGAAUUGUGCGUGAAAUUUCAGGAUAAAGGGUAAAAACUGUUUUCCUCUCACUUGUUGGUGGCGGCCAACAUCAGAAGGUGUCCUAAGUUUUUGAGUAAAGUGUCAGGUUAUGGGUGAUGAUAAUUACACAUCAUUGUUAAGUUGGUCUUUUCUCAGACGAACGAGACACAUCAUUCAUCACUAAAACUUUACUCAACUCCCCACCUCACAGACUUCCUAUCAACGCAAAGUAUAUAACUUAGGGACUACUUUGGCUCUUUGGAAAUCUUGAGGUUUUAAAAGGAGUUUUGAUAACAACUACUCAUCAACGAGAGUUAGCAAUCAUCUUUCUCAAAAUCAACUAGCUACUUUACUUACCUGGCUAAGCAUGCCACUAGUCUCAAAUCGAUGUCAGAGCUUAAAUCAUAUUAAUAGAGCAUAGCUAGCAAUGCUUUUUCAAGUGUUCGCUGAAAUUCAAUGUCAACCUAAGUGCAGUCCUUGCAAAGAAACUCUUCAAAUCAUUAAUAACAAAAUUAACAGCAAAGGCCAUUAUCUUAAAAUAAUAGUUACAGUUUGAAUUUGAAGAAUAAAAGGUCUAAGUCUGCAGGGAACAUAUUUUAGAACAGGAUAAAGCUAAGGAAGGCUUAAUCUACAUGGAAAAAUAUUGA